AUGAGUGUCCAGCAGCAGAUAGACGCGCUCCACCGCAACUGGGUCUGGGUGAAGGACUGGCAGGACUCCUCGCUCGACAACACCGUCGGCCGCCUUGUCACCUUCACCCGCAAAGUCCACCUCGACACCAUUCCCCAGACCGCCGGCAUCCACUGCACAGCCGACACUCGGUACAAGCUCAUCGUCAACGGUACGCGAGUAUGUAUCGGUCCCUCCCGCUCCAGCCCGGAGCGAUGGCUAUACGACACCAUCGACCUCUCUCCCUUCCUGGUGUCCGGCGACAACACCAUCACCUUUGUCGUCAUGCGGUACUUCUACGCCACACGGGCAGCGAUGCCGUUUGUACGGACGGGCUUUGCAGGAUUGACGCUGGUGGGGAGCGUGGGGGCGGAAGAUAUCGGGACGGGCGAGAUGGGGAGCUGGGAGGCAAGGGUGGACAUUGGAACGCUGUUCCCGAUAGGUCUGGAGGAUGAUGUCUUCCUGCAUAUCAAUGAAAGGACACACUUGCAGAAGAGCGCGAAAGUAGAGAUCUCCGCAUACGGUCUCCGCCUGGUCAACGGGGAGCUACCGCCCUGGCGACUCCAUCCUCGCCAGAUUCCUCUCCCAGAGCAGACCACUGUCUCAAUCCACACCGUUCGCGCCCUUCAGUCUUCCAUCAGUCAGCCCUCGUGGGAGCAGCUCCUGCAAUCUGGCCAGCCCCUUACACUCCCCUCUACAUCCUCGCACUCCAUCGACCUUCAGGCCGACUGCCACUCCACCGCCUUUACAAAGUGGACCUUCCGCGCGUCCUCGCCCACCACUAUCCGCCUCAAGGUGACCUACUCGGAGGGGUAUGAGCUCGAACCUCGGCGAUAUCCCUGGCUUCGGACCAAAGCGGAUCGGCUCGACUCUAGCGGUCUCAUCCUCGGUCCGCACGACGAGGUCACGCUGGAUGUCCCGGCAGGAGAGACGUCGUACGAGCCAUUCUGGUUCAGGACAUUUCGCCUCCUCCGCGUGGAGCUCACCUGCGGUCCUAGCGACGUCGCCCUGGUAUCCCUCAAAGCCACCCAGACCAAUUAUCCCCUCUCUAUCAAGGCGGCCUGGUCAGAACCGGAAGAUCAAUUCAGCGGCGACAUCUUUGACAUCUCCAUACGGACGAUGCGCAACUGUAUGUUUGAUGCCUACUCGGAUUGCCCUUUCUACGAACAGCUCUCGUAUUCUGGUGAUAGUCGCUCGGUCGGCCUUUUCCACUACCUCCUGUCCGGAGACGAUCGCCUCGUCCGGCAGACCAUCACCUCCUUUGCCGGCUCUAUCACGCCCGAAGGCCUUACCCAAUCCCGCUAUCCCUCUCAAGUCCAGCAAGUCAUCGCUGGCUUCUCCCUCUAUUGGGUCCUCCAAAUCUGCGACCACAUGCUCUACUUUGGCGACGUCAGCUUCUCCAAACCCCUCCUCCCCCUCGUUGACGGCGUGCUCGACUUUUUCGAUCGGCACGUCGACCAUCUCGGGCUGGUCAGCGCACUCCCGGCAGAUGUAUGGCAGUACGUCGACUGGGUUACCGGCUAUCACGAGACCGAGGAGCACCCGAGUAAGGGCGUACCUACGGCCGGUCGCAAAUCGAAUCGCCACACCUACUUUAGCAUGCUGUACGCGUGGACUCUGCAGCACGCCGCCAGGCUCGUUCGGCAGGUCGGUCGUCCUCAGUACGCCUUGGAGUACGAGCAGAGGUCGGACGCUCUGCUUGUCGCCAUCCGUAGGCACUGCUUUGACCCCAAACUUCGGAUCUUUACCGACAGCACGUCCGAUGUCCCUCCCGACACACCCACUCCCUACUCCCAGCACGCCCAAGUCUUCGCGGUGCUAUGCGGCGCUGCCGAUCCUGAAGACUCUGCACGUCUUCUCCGCACCGCCUUCCAUCCGGACACGUCCCUCGGCAAAUGUUCAUACGUCAUGAUGUUCUACGCAUUCCGGGCGUUCGCCAAAGCGGGGAUUUACGACGAGAUGUACGCGGACGCAUGGGAUCCAUGGCGAAGGAUGAUCGGUCAGAAUCUCUCCACAUGGGAGGAGGAUGAUGUGCGGCAGCGUUCAGACUGCCAUGCCUGGGGCAGCGUGCCAGUGUACGAGUACCUCUCGGAAGUGGCGGGUGUGCAACCGCUUGAGCCGGGGUUCAAGGCGGUCUUGUUCGCCCCGAGGCCAAGUCUGAGUGCUGCUUUGGAGGCGAAGGUGGCAGUAGGGGCGGACAAUGCUGCGCACGUAUCGUGGGGGAAGGGAAAGGCCGGCGAUGGGACGAAGGCGAGAAUGACGCUGGAUAAGGCGGUAAGGGUAGUGACCAGGUCAGCCGAUGGGCAAGACCACGAUCAUGGGGUGACCAAACAGGUCGAGGUUCAUUAUUGA